AUGACAGCCGCGGCUAGGAGGAAGCUGGGCUCGCUGAGCACGGCAAUCGACGGGCUCGAGGAGGCGCUGAACUCGGCGGGCCGGGUGGAGCUAACUGAAAAUGAGAGAAACCGCAGGAGAGACUUGGUAAUGUCCCUUAGGAGCCAGAGAGAGAAUUUGCUGCAGGCCUUGAAGAGGGAAAGCUCAAGGAUGGACAGGAACGAAUUGAUGGGAGGUUCCAGUGGAGGACCUGCCCGGGAGACGGAGCAGACGGCAGGCCUUGACAAUGCAGGGCUUCUCCAACUGCAGAACCAAAUAAUCGACCAGCAGGACAAAGAACUAGAUCAAAUAGAGGAGUCUGUGAAAGGAACAAAGCAUGUGGCCAUUGCCAUGGGGGAGGAGCUGGACCUCCAGGCCCAUCUAUUGGACGAUUUGGAGGAGGAAGUGGGUGUUGUGCACAGUCGGCUGGGGGUCGUCACCAGCAAGAUAAAGACGAUAAUGCGGCAGUCGGGGGAGUGCAAGUGGUGGUGCAUGGUCGUUGGCCUGCUGGUGGUGCUCAUAAUCCUUUUGGUGAUUCUCUUCAACACAGCAUGGAAGUGA